AUUAGACAUAAUUGGAUUCAUCUUAGGAUAUAAUUUUGAUAUAUUAAAUUUUUAUACGAGUAACAUUUAUUUAUUUAUAUUGUUUACCUUUUGGUCAAAGAGAGUCACUUUUUAACUAAAAAAAUCAAAAUAAGAAGUGUUUUUUUAGAUGGGAGGGAGUAUUUUUUAACGGUGAAAAGAACAAGAUGCAUUCAGCCUUAAUUUACAUUGUUGUUUUGCAAUUUUCAGGUCUUAGAAAAAUUGGAUGUGGGGCGUCACUAUCAAUUUUAGCAGCUCUGUUUAUUAAUAUUGGGUUCAGUAAAAAAACUCGCCCGGGGAAAUGGCUCUCUCCUCUCUUCCCUAUUGAGGUGGAAAACAUCAACUUGGCGAAGCAUACCAGUGAUUCUGGUGUCUAUGAUUCAGAAGGAAGGUUUGUUUUAUCAAAAUUUGAGGAAAUAUUCAAGAAACAUGCCCGAUCUAGUGCAAAUGGUAUGACAUCAAAAGAAUUCGAUGAACUUCUUAAGGCAAACAGAGAGCCAAAAGAUUAUAAAGGGUGGAUUCUUGCACUGUCAGAGUGGAAGGUAUUAUAUUUGGUAGCCAGAGAUAAGGAUGGUAUUGUGUCCAAAGAAGCUAUAAGAGGAGUUUAUGAUGGCAGUCUUUUUCAGACAUUGGCGGAAGAGCAUGCACCGAAGAAGAAACAUGUUCUCUCAGAACCAAAUUACAAAAAGUGGAGUCGAUUGUUUCGUCUCUUGAUCCUCCGCUUCAACCUCAAAGGCUACAUCGAUGGCACAACCCGUGCCUCCUCUGCAGAUGAUGCUGAAUGGUAUCAAUUUGAUGCCUUAAUUCAAGGAUGGAUCCUGGCUACGAUCACGGAUGAAGUCUCCGACCUUGUGCUCGCCAACAAUCUCACUGCUCAUGCACUAUGGACGGCGAUUUACAAUCUUUUUCACGACAACAAGCACGCCCGGGCGAUGCAACUGGAGCAUCGUUUCCGUGCAACUGUCAAGGGCCAACUCUCCAUCAACGAAUAUUGUCGUCUUCUCAAGAAUCUCUCCGAGUACCUAGACGACGUGGAUGCUCCUGUCACCGAACAUGCUCUUGUACUCCAGGCUCUUCAAGGCCUCCCUCACAACAUCCGGAGUCAAGUUUAAUUUUUGCAAUGCCAAAAUCCACUCCCGACCUUGGAAGUUCGGUCCGCCCUUCUCCUCGUCGAACAGCAACAAACCGACGCCGUCUAUGGCGCCGGCGAGCCGACCACUGCCUCCUCAGCACCGGCGGCAGCGGCGGACAUACGGGCAGCGGAUACCAG